CUCGCCAUCUUCUCGCUCAUGGUCAUGGCGCAACCCGUCGUCUUCAAGCUGUUCCUCGUCGCCGUCUACACCCUCGCCCUCCUCAUCCCCUUCACGUCGCAAUUCUUCCUCCCGGCGACGCCCAUCUUCUCGUGGCUCCUCCUGUUCUACUCGUCCCAGUUCAUCCCCAAGAGCUGGCGCCCGCACAUCUGGGUCUCGGUCCUCCCGACCCUCGAGUCGGUCCUGUACGGCGCCAACAUCUCGGACCUGCUCACGCGGUGGACCAACCCGGUCCUCGACGUCCUCGCGUGGCUCCCGUACGGCGUCAUCCACUUUGUCGCGCCGUUCGUCGUCGCCGCGUGCCUGUUCGUCUUCUCGCCGCCGGGCGCCGUCAAGUUCUUCGGCGCCGCGUUCGGCUACAUGAACCUCGCCGGCGUCUUGAUCCAGAUCUGCUUCCCUUGCGCACCUCCUUGGUACGAGCUCCGAGAAGGCCUCGUCCCGGCGACGUACCAGAUGCGCGGCUCGCCCGGCGGCCUCGCGCGCAUCGACGCCCUGUUUGGCGGCCACGGCUACGACACGACGUUCUCGGGCGCGCCGGUCCCGUUCGGCGCCUUCCCGAGCCUGCACGCCGGGUGCUCGACCAUGGAGGCGCUCUUCCUCAGCCACUUCUUCCCCAAGGGUCGGCCGUUCUACUGGGCCUACGUCUUCCUGCUGUACUGGAGCACGAUGUACCUCACGCACCACUACCUCAUCGACCUCGUCGCCGGCGGCUCGCUCACGUGCGCCUUCUUCUACUACUACCUGAGCAAGAUGCCCGACGAGCUGCGCCACCCGACGACGCACGGCGUCCCCGCCGCGUACCGCACCCGGUCCGCCUCGAGCGCCAUCCCGCUCGACGAGGAGUCGGGCCUGCCCAAGCCGUUCGCGCACACGGCCAACGGCAACGGCGGUCCGUCCAACGGCCACACGGACGGGUACGGCGGGUGGGAGGAGGACGACGACCUGAGCGAGGACGACGACAACCUGCGGCACGACGAGACGCGCCUCUUUGGCUCGGGCUCGGGCCCGGGACGCGACAGCUUUGACGUGCCGCUGCGAGGCGACAUGGGCGCGGCGGGCGGGUCUAGGCGGGCACGGGCGUGA